AUGGCAUUCAGGGAGAUUAAGGUCUCUGCAAGUCUUUGCAGAAAUAGAGUUCCAAGUAAUUCUCCUGACUAUGGGGCUAUCUUCAUGGCAAGCAACUCCACCAGGAAAGAAUGUUUUGAAAGAGAAAUCUUUGGUCUUCCAUCUGAAUAUGCUGAUUUUGUGAUGAAAGUUAAGAAUGGGAUGCCUUUGUUUCUCUUUGAUUUUCAAGAGAGAAUGCUUUAUGGGGUUUUCGAGGCAACCUCUGAUGGUGCGAUGAAUAUAGUCCCUGAUGCAUACAGGUCAACAUCAAACAGGAAGUUUCCAGCACAGGUUCGCUUCAGUACAUUUUGGCACUGUGAUCCUCUUCCAGAGAACGUUUUUGGUGAUGCGAUAAAGGAAAACUACUUCAAACAAUUCAAAUUCAAUCUUGGUUUAUCCAGAGAUCAAGUAGGAAGGCUCCUAUUUCUGUUUGAGAAACGAAUGCUCAAAAUACCUAAUCCUCCUGUGAGGGAAAAAAAAAAAUCAAGAGUAGCAGACAAAUAG